AUGAACCUGGGCUGUGAGAGACUAGAAGUUUGCCGCUGCUUCUGGUCUCUUGAGCAGGCAGAUGCUGAGAGCAACGCGGCCACUGGAAGGAAAGCCCGUCCUGGAGAUGAAGGCUGUGGCCCCCUCUGCUGCUCACGCCGUGGCGCCUGCCUCUCCAUUUUACUGCUCCUUCUGCUGGCCGUGCUUGCCAUCUUGCUCAUUGUGGUCACCAUCCUCGGACAUCCACCCCGAACACCAGAGACUCACUCCUGUGUGACACUGGCCAACAGAACGGGGUUCUUGUGCCAUGACCGAAGGCACUGCAUCCCAGCCCAUGCCGUGUGUGAUGGUGUCCGCACCUGUCCUCAUGGUGAGGACGAGGCUGAGAGCUUGUGCCGAGAUGUGCCCCAGAGCCUCCCCAGCUUUCUCCUGAGCACCUGUGGAGACCCAGGCUCCUGGAUGUACUCAGACCAGAAAUGUGAUGGUGUCAACAACUGUGGGGACUGCUCAGAUGAGCUGAGCCCAGUGACUGUGUGCCCGCCUUGUGGCCCAGGGUGGUGGCACUGCACGCCAACUGUGUUCAAGUACUGCAGCUGUGUCCCAAGGGUUCUGUGCCGGGAUGGUGUGCAGCACUGCUCUGAUUGGUCAGAUGAGUACUCCUGUCCUGGACCCUGA